AUGAGUGGGGACCAUUUCCAGAACGAAAACCAGGUUGACUGUGGCUCCAGAGUCAAUGACUCUCACAAACACAGAGACAAGCAUAAGGAGCACAAACUCAAAGACCACAAGAAGGACAAGGAGAGGGACAAGUCCAAGCACAGCAACAAUGACUAUAAGGAUUCGUCUGACAAAAAACAUCGUGAGAAGGAAAAGAUAAGGCACAAAGAUGGGAGUGCAGACAAGCACAAAGAGAAGCGCAAAGAGGAAAAGAUUAAAGAUGGGAAAAUCAAAAAGGAGAAGGAAAAUGGCUUUGGCAGCAGUAUGCAUGUGAAGUCUGAGCCUGAGGACUUGUACCACGCUCCCAAACAUGAGAAGUCUCUGAAGAGAGAGCGAGAUGAUGAUGAUGUUGAAUUCAAGUCCAAGAAAAUAAAGACUGAAGAUGACAAGAAGGCUAAAAAAAGAAAACAUGAAGAUGUAAAGGUGAAACCUAAAGGAAAAGUAAAAAAAGAAGUUGCUGACGGUAAAAAGAAGGCCAAAAAGGAGCCAGAGGAGAAGUGGAAGUGGUGGGAGGAGGAAAGGGCCACUGAUGGGUCCAAAUGGAAAUUUCUGGAACAUAAAGGUCCCGUAUUUGCACCACCAUAUGAACCUCUGCCAAGCCGCGUAAAAUUUUACUAUGACGGUAAACAAAUGAAACUCAGUCCUGAAGCAGAAGAAGUGGCCACAUUCUUUGCCAAGAUGCUUGAUCACGAGUACACCACUAAAGACAUUUUCCGUAAAAACUUUUUUAAAGACUGGAGAAAGGAAAUGAACUCCGAGGAGAAGUCUAAAAUCACUGACUUGAAUAAGUGUGACUUCAAUGAAAUGGCUGAGUUUUUCAAAGCGCAGUCUGAAGCUCGAAAGUCCAAGACUAAAGAGGAGAAGCUGAAAUUAAAAGAAGAAAAUGAGCGCCUUUUGCAGGAAUAUGGCUUUUGCAUCAUGGACAAUCACAGAGAACGUAUCGCCAACUUCCGCAUCGAGCCUCCGGGUCUCUUUCGGGGGCGUGGAGAUCAUCCUAAAAUGGGAAUGCUCAAACGUCGCAUCAGACCCAAAGACAUCAUCAUCAACUGCAGCAAGGACUCCAAACACCCAGAGCCCCCUCCUGGCACCAAGUGGAAGGAGGUUCGUCAUGACAACAAAGUCACAUGGUUGGUGUCGUGGACAGAAAACAUCCAGGGGUCCAUAAAAUACAUCAUGCUCAAUCCCAGCUCCAGGAUAAAGGGGGAGAAGGACUGGCAAAAGUAUGAAACUGCCCGUAGACUUAAGAAGUGUGUGGACCGCAUCCGGAACCAGUACAGGGACGACUGGAAAUCCAAAGAGAUGAGAAUCCGGCAGAGGGCUGUGGCUCUCUACUUUAUUGACAAGCUGGCCCUGAGGGCGGGUAACGAGAAGGAGGAAGGAGAAACUGCGGACACGGUGGGCUGCUGCUCUCUGAGAGUCGAGCACAUUAAACUCUCCCCAGAGAAGGAUGGCCAGGAGUUUGUGGUAGAGUUUGAUUUCCUGGGUAAAGACUCGAUUCGCUAUUACAACCAGGUCCCAGUGGAGAAAAGGGUGUUCAAAAAUCUCCAGCUGUUCAUGGAAAAUAAAGAGCCUGAUGACGAUCUGUUUGAUCGCCUGAAUACUACAGUCCUUAACAAACAUCUUCAGGAACUGAUGGAGGGCCUGACAGCUAAAGUGUUCCGUACUUACAACGCCUCAAUCACUCUUCAGCAGCAGUUGAAGCAGCUCACUAAUUCUGAGGACAAUAUUCCCGCCAAGAUAUUGUCCUACAACAGAGCAAACAGAGCGGUGGCUAUUCUCUGCAACCAUCAGAGGGCGGCACCCAAAACAUUUGAGAAGUCUAUGCAGAACUUGCAAACUAAGAUUGAUGCCAAGAAGGACCAGCUUUCUGAUGCGAAGCGAGAACUUAAAAGUGCAAAGGCAGAUGCUAAAGUGCGACGGGACGAGAAAACCAAAAAAUCUGUGGAGACCAAGAAGAAGGCUGUGGAAAGAAUAGAGGAACAACUGAUGAAGCUGGAAGUGCAGGCCACCGAUCGUGAGGAGAACAAGCAAAUUGCUCUGGGCACUUCUAAGCUGAACUACCUGGACCCUCGCAUCUCUGUCGCAUGGUGCAAGAAGUGGGGCGUUCCUGUCGAGAAAAUCUACAACAAAACUCAGCGUGAGAAGUUUGCCUGGGCUCUAGACAUGGCAGAGGAGGACUAUGAAUUCUAA